UCCCGAGGGAGCCGGGGGCUCUGGAGCAUCCCCGGGGAGCAGCGCUUGUGCCGGCCCUGCGGAGCAGUGCCAGGUCAGGCCACUCGCAGAAGGCUCUGCUGUGUUCGCAGCGCUUGUUUUCCUUGGGUUUGCCUUGUUUUCAGGUUACUUUACUUCCAGUGCAUGCGGACGGAUGGAUGGAAACGGGGCUUUUGGGAGAGCGGUGGGUCUGGGGUCCCGCGGGGAUUGUGCAGCCCCUCCGGAGCUGCUCUGGGGUGGAGAUGUUUUUUGGGGAGGCGAGGUUGUUCACCUGCCCGCUCCGUCCCGGGGGUGGGCUCGUUGUGCCCGUGGUUGUCCUGUUGAUGAUGGAUGGUGCUUAUCGCUUCCUCACAGUCCGCAGAGCGUGAGGCUCCCGGGGAGCCGCGGGGACGUGGCCCCGUGCUCCAGGCCCACCCUGCUCUGGCAUCCUGCUCGCUGGGUUCCCAGCCCUGGAGAGCUCCCUGCGCCUCAGGUGUGGUGCCGGCUUUGUCCCGGCGCCGUCCCGCCGGCUGUGGGAAUGGCUCUGUAGGGAAAACCUCCGUAGGGAUACGGCUGGGCGCUGGCAGAGAUCAGCCGCUCAGCCGGGGAGCGAGGGGAUCCUUGUCCUGCAACAUUUGCAGGUGGAUUUUAAGAGCCGGGAUAAAGGAACGGGAUUGCUGUUACAUUGUAAGUGGGCAAACAUCCUGCAACGCAGCCCAGCCUUUUCUCGAGUCGGGCUCAUCAACUCUGUAGCUUUAGACGGUGUCUGCUUUGAAAUGAGGGCUCCAUCCCUUUGAUGGGGCGCCCUGUGAAACCCGCAGCCAAGGCAUUAUGUCCUAAAACUACCAUGAGAUCAUCUUUGGACAAACAAACCCAAGCUGUGGCAGGUGACUCUUUACUCUGAAAUUGAAAUAAUGUGUCUCCUCCGUGCAUCAGGGAUUCUACCGCGUUCUGUUCCUUGUCUUAAAACACCUCUGGUUUUUGCACAAAACCUUUGAAAUCUGCUUAUGCGAGAUCUGUAUGGAAGAGGAUGGAAAACAGCAUCCACUGGAUGGGUCUCUUGCUCAGUUUAAAGCUUGUUUCACAUCAUGGAACAGUCAAGUGGGACUUUCCAGGUGUUGCCACGCUGGCGUUGAGCAGACUGAAUAGACGGGGAUGGACACAAAGAGAGCACAGCACAUGCCAGAGAACUCUCUCUUGAUGCAAAUGGGCUGCCAGAGCUCACAUUGAGCUGCCAAAGCACACAUUGGGCUGCAGUGACCUGUCUUUCAGGCUUUUCUGUGCUGAUGUCCCGCUUAUCUGUGGUAUUUCCUUGUCACCCUGGGUGGAGGAAGUCACAUACCAGGCUGUGGUGCAGCUCUGGGUGCCCAGCACAGCCUGUGAGCAGGGGCUCAGCCCUUGUCACCACAAGCAGCUGUUUGGCAGUGGACUUUGUCCACAGCCCCAGCUGGUGCUCACCUGGUGACAGGCAGUGCGUGGGCAGGGCAGGGCUGCCUGCUCUGACCUGGUAAUGCUCUUGAGCUCGCUCCACAUAAUUGACCAGUCCUUAAUAAAGAGCACUGCUGAUUGCUGGGGUUUUUAAUUUUGCACUUGGCCCGCCCUGUCCUCCCCCAAACCCACACAAGGGGAUCUUUGGCUCGGUGAGGACGUGCAGGAUGGGUGGUGGCCGUGGCUGACAGCUGGUGGGCUUGGGGCAGGUUGGAGGUUGUCAGAUGGGACCUGUUGCAUACAGAAGGACCAGGGCUCUCCCAGCUCUAAUGAUGCUUUGUGUCCCUGCCUACCUUCCUCCUGUGCCCAAAUGUCCCCAUGGGCUGCCAGAAAUGGGAGUGCCAAGUGUGUAUGGAGUGUGCUGGGGGUACAGACAGCACUGAUGAAAACUCCUUUCCAUAGCCCCAAUGAGGGAAAUGUCCCUGGGCUUGCAGGGAUCACAGCCAGCUCUUGUCCACAGUACCCACGCACUGUACUGGCGUUUCAGCCAGGGAGAUUUGGUUUGAAAAGCCCCUUUUGUGGUCUCUGCUCCUUGCUGGCUGGAGAGCAGUGUGUCCCCGGCCUGGGGACUGCAGUGGGACAGCUCUGCCCAGGGGCUGUGCUCUCUUGGCUGCCCUGCUCAAGGCUCACUUCUCCCUGUGGCCUUUCCUGGCUCUGUGCACGGAGGUGCUGCCAGCUCUGUCCCCCGGGGCAGCCCCUGCGGCAAGGUCAGAGCCAGGCUCUUCCUCCCGGAGCAGAUCCUCCAGCUGCCUUGUGUGGCUGGUAUUUCUCGCUUUCCUGUCUCCUCCUUUCCCUGCUGGGCUCGCAGGAUGCCCGCAGGCUCUGCCUUGGUAAAUUGCCAAGGAGUUAAAGCCAUGAUUACCGUUCCCGUCUCCCGGCCCUGCCGUGGGUGCAGCGUCCUCCUUUGGGGCAUGAAUGAAUCGUAGUUCCUGUUAGGAUUAGGUUCCUCCCGGCAGGAACUACGUCCCAAGGAUCUGCUGCUGCCUAAGGAUUGUUUUCCUCUUUCUUUGCUGUCUUUCUUAUACACAGUUGUGUAUAACAGCUCUGUGUUUGUAGCACGACCCUGUGCAGCUUUGAGGGAAGGCCAAGUUAACUCACCCUCACUGCUAUUCUAUGAUAGAAACGAGGAAUCUGCCUCUGAAAGGUGCCACAGUUUCUCCCCACUCCGGGGAUUCCAAAGUAGGAAAGGAGCAUCAGGAAGAUGCUCCAUCAUCUCCACAGACCCAUGAAGACAUAACCCUCUGCCCUCUUGCUGAGUGUUACAAACCUUGGUUUUGGAUGGCCUUGACUCUGAUGUCUCUGUGCAGUUUAUCCCUUUCUCAGCUGAUGUGGUGCUUCUUUUCCAGCCCUGAGCUGCAGUCCAGCUGGUUUGGUCAUUUAUAUUUUGCUGGGGGUGAUCUGUAGGUGUGUGGCUGGGCAGAGGGAUGGAGGAUCUAGUUCAUCCUGAUGGCACUUUGGCUGAGUAGCUGUUGUCCUCUUGCACACCCUUUCAGCCUACCCUGGGGCUGUUCUCACUGUCCCAGCAGCCUUUCUUCCAGCUAGGAAAAUCACUAGGCUUUAGAAGGCAUGUCUGAAAGAGUUACAUUUGCAGCACAUGAAUUUGCAUAGUGUUGUGUGUCACAGGAAGGCAGCACCUUGUGUCCUGAGCUGGGUAAAUGGAUAACCACAGAAUGGUUUGGGUUGGAAGGGACCUUUACAGAUCAUCUCAUGGGCAAGGACACCUUCCACCAGAUCAGGUUGCUCUGAGCUCCAUGCAGCCUGGCCUUGGACACUUCCAGGGAUGGGGCAGCCUCAGCUUCUCAGGACAAUCUGUGCCUCCUCACUCUCACAGGGAAGAAUUUCCUCCUAACAUUCAAUCUAAAUCUCCCCUCCUUUCAUUUUACAUCAUCCCCCAUCCUUUCCCUCUCUGCCCAUGUAAAACAUCAGCCCAUGUGCUCAGCAGCAGACAAGGGCACAGCUCUUGCCUCCUGGCACCAUGAACUGCUGCUGGGGCAGAGGGCACCCCAUGCUGCCUGCGCCCAUCUGCUCUGUGCUGUGCCCAGGGCUCCUGCUGCCUAUUCCAUCACCUUUCCUUCUGCCAUCAGCCUUUCCUCCUGACCUUUUCCUCCUGUUUGGUGUCUCUGGUGAUCUCUUAUCUUCAGGGCACGUUUCUCAGAGUGAAGUUUAGGCAUCUGUUAGUGCUCUCUGGUUCAGGGUGAUGGUUUCAUAGUAGGCACGUGGGUGGUUCUGGCUGGAGGUGCACGGAUCACCACAUAUCUAAUGGGACUGGAAUGAGAAAUCAGGGACACAGAGUGCACUGUUCCAAGAAACAUUAAACCUCCUGUGAGCUUCUGUGGGUGGAUAAAGCCCUGCAGCCUGCCCCAGCAGCUCCCCCACCAACUGCUGUGCUCUCUCCCUCGCAGACUCCCUGUAUGUGUCCGAGUACUUCUCUCAGAGUGCACAGAAGCUCUCGUUCUACAGCUGGUACGGCAACGCCAAGCUCUUCCACUUCCACGUGCCAGAGGACACCGUGCUGCUGCGCUGGCUCCUGCAGGCAUCCCGGGGGAAGGGCCCUGAGUGCACCAGCAUGGAGAUCACUGUGUAUGCACUUUCGGCACGGAGCCCCUCCCGUCAUUAACCCUUUGGGCACCCGCUUUCCUGCCAACGCCACCGUCCGUCCCUCCUACAACAUCAGCAUCACCCUGAGCAGUGCAGUGCAAAACACCACCUUUGUCAACGUCACCACCCCUGCUGCUGGGGACUGGUUCAUCGCUGCCCACCUGCCCCAGGCUGCGGGCAGGAUCGAGGUCAAGGGUUUCUCCACUCCAUGCCCCUAUAUGUUCCAGGCAGAUAUGUUUGUGCUCAGACUCACUGAUAUGCCUGUCCUGGAGCCUGGUGUGCCCAUGCCUCACACCGUUGUCUCGCCUGCUAAGCCACUGCAUGUCAAGGUCUUCGUUCCCAAGCACGCGGCGGCGAUGCGGUUCCAGCUGAGCAGCUGCGUCACCAGCGAGCAGAGAGCCUGCACUGUGAGGGUGCUGCUGGGCUCCAUCACCCUGCCCCAGUCCUUCCAGAGGAGCCUCACCUGCACAGGGAGCACCAACUGCAGCCUGGCCCUGGAGUCACCGCCCUGGGAGAAGUGGCUGCAGAUCAUGGUGGAGAGUCUCGGCACUGCCAACGCCAGCGUGUCGGUGGAGAUGCUGGCUUCUUUCACAGUUUGCAGACCAGGAAGCACCAGUUCCUUCCUUAACUUCAUCAGCCUAAACCAGAGCCAGUCUGCUCCCCACAGACCAGGAGCAGCAGGCAGCUCUGCUCUGGCUGCAGCAGAGGCUCCGCAGAACACGUCUGGGCAGCGCAGCAGCUCCUGCCUGCAGAGCCAGCCCGUGGUCAGGGAGGACCUGGACGUGGUGUCCGUGCGCUACCGGCUCCUGAACGGCCCCAGCGUGCCCGUGAGCUCCCUGUCCCCCACCCUGCUCCUGCUCAACCUCAACACGGGCAUGGACAGCGGGGGAUCCCUCGUGGUCAGUCUGCUGCUCAACAAGACAUCUGUGAGCCUGGCCAAUGCCACCGUGGCAGCCUGUGUGAGUGCUGCUUCUCCAGUGCUGUCCCUCAACGCCACACAGAACUGCAGCACAGCUUUCUCCCAGGGCUACCCUCUGAGUGUGAGCACGUCCUCUGCAGAAGCCAUGCUGAUUGUCCUGUACCCACAGACCGAUGACUGGUUCCUGUCCCUGCAGCUCCUCUGCCCCAGGGGACAGGGGGGAUGUGCCGGUGCUGAAGGCAGAGUGUCGGUGUUCGCCUACCUCACCCCCUGCUUCAACGACUGCGGCCCCUACGGGCAGUGCAGCCUCCUGCGCAGGCACGGCUUCCUCUACGCCGGCUGCAGCUGCAAGGCUGGUUGGGGCGGCUGGAGCUGCACAGAUGACAGCAAGGCCCAGAGCGUGGGCACACAGAACCUGGCCACGCUCCUGCUCACCCUGAGCAACCUCAUGUUCCUGCCCGCCAUUGCAGUCGCUGUCUAUCGCUUCUACCUGGUGGAGGCCUCUGUCUACACCUACACCAUGUUCUUCUCCACGUUCUACCACGCGUGUGACCAGCCGGGCGUGGCCGUGCUGUGCAUCAUGGACUAUGACACCCUGCAGUACUGCGACUUCCUGGGCUCCGUGGUGUCCAUCUGGGUCACCAUCCUCUGCAUGGCCCGCCUCAAGAAGAUCCUGAAAUACGUCCUUUUUGUCUUGGGGACCCUGUUAAUUGCCAUGUCCCUGCAGCUGGACCGCAGAGGGGUGUGGAACAUGAUGGGUCCCUGCCUCUUCGCCCUCCUCAUCAUGGUUACAGCCUGGGUUCACCACGGAGCAAAGCGCAGGCACUGCUACCCCUCCUCGUGGAAGCGCUGGGUUUUCUACCUCCUCCCAGGCAUCACCUUGGCUUUCAUUGCCAUCUCAGUGUACGCCUUCAUGGAAACCAAUGAGAACUACUACUACACCCACAGCAUCUGGCACGUGCUGGUGGCCUGCAGCGUGGCUUUCCUGCUCCCUCCUCGGGACAAGCAUAAGAAGCCCUGGGCCUGGCCCCAGAAGCUCACGUGUCGCUAUCAGAUCUGCCAGAACGACCGUGAGGAGCUCUAUGCUGUGACCUGACCUGGCCUGGCCUGGCCUGGCCUGGCUGCAGGGAUGGGGAGGCUGCUCCUGCCCAUGGCUGCCCCUGGCACAUCAGCACUCCUCUCGUGGGCUCAUCCCCUGGGCAGGAGGGCGCAGCGUGGACUGGGUUUAAAGAUGAAGAUGGUCUGGGCUGGUCUUGUGGAGGCAAGUUUGAGGCCACCUCUGCUUUUCUGCUGGGGUGGGGCAGGCUCUCCGUGGUUCCAGAUCAAGGAAUAGCUUGUCCCCCAGCUCCCCAUAGCCCUGGGGGAGAUCGCCAACCCUUCUUCCCCUGCUGCUGCAUCCAUGAGGCUUGGGCUUAGCCCACACUGAGCUGGAGCCAAGGCUUUGGCUGCUGGGCUCUUCUCUGCACCCCCAUCCUGGCAGAGGAUGUGGGGCACCCCUGCCAUCCUGCAGCCAGCACUUGAACUCAAGAGAAGAACAGAAGUUUCUUCUGCUCUGGGGAGCAAAUGCUGCCGAGUGCCCUUGGUGCUGAUGGGGAGGGAGGGAGCUGAUCCCAACACAUGCUGGGCCCUUGGCUGCCAUCUCCCUGGGGGUCUGGAGCCUCUCUCCCUUUGAAACAGGUGCUGCUGCUCUUACCUGGUCCUGAUUCUGUGGGGGAAGAAUGAGGCUGGGACUUGGGCCGUGGAUUCAGGAUCAGACCUGGCAGGAAUGUGAAAAACCCCACGUGGGGACAUGCAGGAGGCAGCAGCAGCAGCAUGUGACACCCACAGCAGUGCAGGGUUUAGUCUGAGUUUAACUUCAGCUUGGGAGGAGCCAGGCUGAUGGUGUUCAGGGAUUCACUGUGUUCCUCCUUUUGGGGGGUUUGGCAGGGCAGGGCUCUCUCUGGGGCAGCACAGGUGGUUGGGAUGGUGCCUGAGCUGCUCCUCCAGCCUGCUGUGCCCCAGAGCCUGGAUGUGCUGCAGGCUCUGAGGCCUCAGCAGCCCCAGCCCAGCCAGGAGCAUCACCAGGGGCUCCCCGGGUGGCCACGGUCUCCUUUGCAGCGUGUCUCACCUUAGCCUUACUCCAGGGCACGCAGAAAGCAAGGGCAGAACUUGGCAACCAGGGAAGUUGUCUUUGCCCAUCCUUCUUGUACAGAUAAGGGCUCAACUCCAUCCUUCCAGCUGUGUCAGCCUGGUGUGUGCUGCUGGGAGCCCUUCCUCAGGUGGCUUUGGGGAGGAAAGAGCUGUUUAUGAAGGAUUUGCCUCCUCGGGGUUCUUUCUCUGCUUUGAAGAGCACCCAGCUCAGCUGUGCACUUUAUCCCUCUGCCUCCCCUUCCUCUGCAAAGUCCCCCUUUUUAAGCAGGCUCAGGACAAGUGAGGGACACUUGUCCACACCCAGCAGUGUCAUCCCCCUGCCACCCGUGUCCCCUGCCUUUCCUUGUGCUGCUCCCACCAGGGCAGCACGGUGGGAAGGGGGACACGGGGCCCUCAGGGCUUCCUCCAACUUUUACCACUUUUAGGCACUUUUUUUGUCCCCUGUCUUGGUUUGCACAGUGGUGCUGAGGCCCCAGCACCGUGGCAGGGGAUCACUGCUCCUUCACAGCCGUGCCGUCCAUGCCGGGCCACCAGUGGGACCUGGGUGCCACCAGACUGGUCUGGGUACUGCCAGCGUGACCCAGAUGCUGCCAGUGGGACCCGGGUGCCACCAGUGUGACCUGACUGCUGCCAGUGUGACUUGGGUGCCACUGCUGUCACCUGGGUACUGCCAAGGUGACCUGAGUGCUUCCAGUGUGACCCAGGUGCUGCCGGUAUGGCCCAGGUGCCACCAGUGUGACCUGACUGCUGCCAAUGUGACCUGGGUGCCACCAGGGUGACCCAGGUGCCAGCAGAGUGGCCCAACUGCCCCCAGUGUGACCUGGGUGCCACCAGUGUGACGUGAUGCCACUGACAUGGCCAGGUAUUGCUGGUUAUCAUAGAAAGCAAUAAUUCCUCAUCGGGCCUUUCCCUUCAGGGAUUUCUGUGCUGGAAGCAGGAGAAGCUUUGGGGCAAGAAAUCCCGCUGACAUGAUUGUUUAUUUUAUUUUUAUUUUAUGUAUCAUUCAUUUUUGCUUUGCCCCCUCCCUGCUGAUGCCGGCCUUGGUGCCUGCAGGAGGGAGGGUUAAUUAUUUUGGGUAAAAUCUGAGCAAAUUCCUGCGUCUGGGGAGAAAAAAAAAGAAAAAAAUGUUAUUUUUUUCUUUGCUGUUAAUACCUGUGAUUAUUUUAUACAGUAAAUUUUAAAGCUUACGGUUUUAUAAUUUAAUAAAGGUGAUGGUAUUUGCGGGCA